GCGCAUCGCCGCCGCGCCGCCGAUAGCGACAGCCAGUCCGAGACACGCGCCCGUGCUCGCGCGCACUCGCGUACCUAUCAAUAUAACCUUGUUUCGACAAAACAACGUAACGUAAAAAAUAAGUAGUUAAAUAUCGCGACGCAAUAACAACAAACAAAUAACAAAGACAUACGCCAUUAAAGUGUUCUACUGCCGAUGCCAAACUUCAAAAGUACAUUGAUCGAUCUAAUUGUGCGAAUGCCACGGUCCACAACAUACGCGGCCGGCGGCGCGGCGUUCCCCUGCGACGUUCAUUCAAGGACCAUUCGUUGAACCUAUGCCACUCCGGCAUUCGUGUGCGCUUAAACCCGUCGACUCAGAAAUGAACCUCCGAGUGUGCGAGGUGAAGUACCGAUCGAGCUGAUGACAGUCCGCGAAUCGGCUGCAACUACGAUGUCAAUCAGUCAGAACGCCGGACAGUUUAACAAGCAGAAACAGCAAGCGGCGGCCAAGCAGGGCUCUGAAUCUAUCACGUAUCCACCGCGCUACCAUCCGCCGCCGUCCACCGCCGGCCAGAAGGUGACUUCGGUCGAGGCUACCGCCAAGGAGUUUAAACCGCCAUACGUCGGGAAGCCUACCGAUCCUAACAAGAUUGUGUACCCUCCCGGUGCACAUAGCGCAAUACCCGGCCCUUAUCAGGUGGGUCCAUACCCGCAUUUGAAAUAUCCGCAGGGGUACCCGACGGGCUACCCCAUUCCCCCUGCGGCCCUGCGCGUGCUGCGGCCCGGCGGAGAGAUCAUAACGAAGGCUAUUGUGCAUGAGCCCGUGGAGGCGACGACGCGCGCGCGUAGCGCAGACGAGGCACAGCGGGCACAGCGUAAUUUAGAAGAGGAGCAGAUCCAUAGGAGAUCCGCUGACAUGCUUAAGUUCACUAAGCGCAUUGAACCCGAGGGCCCGCGAGCCUCCACCGACCAGAGGCGGCAGCUGCAGUCAUUACUAGACGAAAUAAAGGCACUGAAGGAGGCGAACCGCCGCCUUAGCGAGGACAACCAGGAGCUGCGCGACCUGUGCUGCUUUCUCGACGAUGACCGACAAAAGGGCAGGAAGCUGGCGCGUGAGUGGCAGCGGUUCGGCAGGUACACGGCCUCAGUGAUGCGGCAGGAGGUGUCUGCCUACCAGAGCAAACUCAGAGAACUGGAUGAUAAACAGCAGGAAUUGAUUCGAGACAAUUUAGAAUUAAAGGAGCUGUGUCUGUACCUGGACGAGGAGCGGGAGAGGAGCACCUGCGUGAACUGUGGGCGCGCGGCAGGCCGCGAGCGCGACGACGGCGACGGCAGCAGCGGCGGCACCAACGCGGAGGAAACUCCGCGUUCCGCGCCUGCACCGGCACCGCCACUCACGCACCCCCAGCUCGCCGAGCGCACCGUACAGUAUGUGCGCGAUCUCGAGCAAAAAGUACGGCGACUGGAAGCCGAAAAAGGAGUAGGUAGCGGAUUCAAUGAGAGGCCGGAGGCGGUAGUGCGCGCUCUGCAGGUGCUGGAAGUGAGAGAGCGCGUGGAGCGCGAGAGAAGAAGGCCGGCGCCAGAUCUGGACACGGGAGAACAGGCUCUGGUACGAGAGAUGUGUAAUGUGGUGUGGGGAAAAUUGGAGGACGCGCCUCCGCAGGCGCCGCAGCGUUAAAGUUGUUAUAAAACAUUUGGUGAUUCCAUUUUGAUGUUAUUGAGGUGAAACUAUAUCUAAGUUCGAUGAAAGUGCGUAAGAAGUAGCCGGCAAACUCGGAGCAUCGUCCGUGGAAUCCUACCCUAUCGAGGUCACAGCCGGUGUCGACUCUCGUGACCCAAAGACUCGCUCUGACCUUGUUUAUUAAUGGAGUGUGUAACUGAACUUUUUAGUUUUAAAAAAUAUAACAACCGUGAUUUUUUGUAUAUCUUGCCCUUUACAAACAGUGAUUACAGGAAAAUAUGUCGGAAAACGAAACCUAAAAGUACAAAGUUGAUCUAGAUUUUAGAUAUAUUUAUUGUUAUGGACAUUUCUUGAUUUGCUCUUGGAUAUGUGUUUAUAGAUCUUUUACUAAAUAUUAUAAAGGUUCAAUUAAAUUUAGCUUUACAGAACUUUUGUUAAUGAGGCUAUAUCUAAGUUUCAAUGUCCUAAGUGAUGCUAAUGACGCUAACUCUUUUUAUUUAAUGUAUGAAUAAUUCUUUAAAAUUGUUAUGACUAUAAGUCUUUUCAUUGUUUACUUCUAAACAAUGCAGACUCCAUGAUGAUCCAUCCAUAAAUAAUAUUGUCCCAUAGGUGUGUCACGCAGAAAAAGAAAGUUCUUUGACUAAGUUUUAGAUUAGGUUAAUGAAAUUGUUAUUUCUUGAAUUUUGUUAAAACAUU